AUCAAAUUAAAUUGUUGGGUUUCUCCUCACAAUAAAGUGAUUUUCAGGACUUUCAUGAGCUAAUCCUGAGCACAGCUGUAGCGUCUCUCUCUCUCUCGCGAGAUUCUUCGAGAUGAUAAGUUGAAGAAACAUGGCGACGUCUAAUUUGUUAAAGAACAAGGGGUCCCUGCAGUUUGAGGACAAGUGGGAUCUGAUGCGGCCCAUCGUUCUCAAGCUGCUCAGACAGGAAGCCGUCACCAAGCAACAGUGGUUCGACUUGUUCUCAGAUGUCCAUGCUGUGUGUCUCUGGGAUGAUAAAGGACCAGCCAAAAUCCACCAAGCCCUCAAAGAGGACAUCCUAGACUUCAUCAAACAAGCACAGGCUCGGGUGCUGAGCCACCAGGACGACACAGCAUUGCUAAAGGCCUACAUUGUGGAGUGGAGGAAGUUCUUCACGCAGUGCGACAUCCUGCCCAAACCCUUCUGUCAGCUGGAGAUCACACUGAUGGGCAAACAGGGCAGCAACAAGAAGACAAACAUGGAGGACAGCAUCGUACGCAAGCUGAUGUUGGACACGUGGAACGAGUCCAUCUUUUCCAACAUAAAGAGUCGGCUGCAGGACAGCGCCAUGAAGCUGGUGCACGCCGAGAGGCAGGGCGAGGCCUUCGACUCCCAGCUUGUCAUAGGAGUACGAGAGUCGUACGUGAACCUGUGUUCAAACCCAGAGGACAAGCUGCAGAUCUACAGGGACAACUUUGAGAAGGCUUACCUGGACUCCACGGAGCGGUUCUACAGGACGCAGGCACCGUCCUACCUGCAACAGAACGGUGUCCAGAACUACAUGAAAUAUGCAGACGCCAAGCUGAGAGAGGAGGAGAAGAGAGCACUUAGAUACUUAGAGACGCGACGUGAAUGUAACUCUGUUCAAGCACUUAUGGAGUGUUGUGUGAACGCUCUGGUGACUUCGUUCAAAGAAACCAUCCUGGCUGAAUGUCCAGGGAUGAUCAAACGCAACGAGACGGACAAGCUGCACUUAAUGUUUUCGCUGAUGGACAAAGUUCCCAGCGGGAUCGAGCCCAUGCUGAAAGACCUGGAAGAACACAUCAUCAAUGCUGGACUGGCAGACAUGGUGGCUGCCGCCGAGACCAUCACUACUGACUCUGAGAAGUAUGUGGAGCAGCUGCUGACUUUGUUUAACCGCUUCAGUAAACUGGUGAAGGAGGCCUUCCAGGACGACCCUCGCUUCCUCACGGCGAGGGAUAAGGCGUACAAGGCUGUUGUCAACGACGCCACAAUCUUCAAACUGGAGCUGCCCAUGAAACAGAAAGGUGUGGGUAUGAAGACUCAGCCCGAGUCAAAGUGUCCUGAGCUGCUGGCGAACUACUGUGACAUGCUGCUGAGGAAGACGCCUCUCAGCAAGAAACUCAACUCGGAGGAGAUCGAGCUCAAACUCAAAGAAGUGCUCUUGGUGUUAAAGUACGUCCAGAAUAAAGACGUGUUCAUGCGUUACCACAAAGCUCACCUGACCAGGCGUCUCAUUCUGGACAUUUCGGCCGACAGUGAGAUUGAAGAGAACAUGGUGGAGUGGCUGAGAGAAGUAGGAAUGCCUGCCGAUUAUGUGAACAAGCUGGCCCGGAUGUUUCAGGACAUCAAGGUCUCAGAGGAUCUCAACCAGGUCUUCAAAGAGAUGCACAAACACAACAAGCUGGCUCUUCCAGCGGACAGUGUGAACAUUAAGAUCCUGAAUGCUGGAGCCUGGUCACGCAGCAGCGAAAAGGUUUUUGUCUCGCUGCCCACGGAGCUGGAGGACCUGAUCCCUGAGGUGGAAGACUUCUACAAGAGGAACCACAGCGGCCGCAAACUCCACUGGCAUCACCUCAUGUCCAACGGCAUUAUCACCUUCAAAAACGAGGUGGGUCAGUACGACCUGGAGGUGACGACGUUCCAGCUGGCCGUGUUGUUCGCCUGGAACCAGCGGCCCAGAGAGAGAAUCAGCUUCGAGAACCUCAAACUGGCCACGGAGCUGCCCGACGCCGAGCUACGCCGCACGCUCUGGUCUCUGGUCGCCUUCCCCAAGCUGAAGAGGCAGGUGUUGUCCUACGAGCCUCCGGUUAGCUCGCCCAAAGACUUCACAGACAGCACGCUCUUCUACGUCAACCAGGAGUUCUCACUCAUCAAAAACUCCAAAGUCCAGAAGAGGGGAAAGAUCAAUCUGAUUGGUCGACUGCAGCUGACGACAGAGCGAAUGAGAGAAGAGGAGAAUGAAGGAAUCGUUCAGCUCAGAAUACUCAGAACUCAGGAGGCCAUCAUCCAAAUCAUGAAGAUGAGGAAGAGGAUCAGCAACGCCCAGCUGCAGACGGAGCUGGUGGAGAUCCUGAAGAACAUGUUCCUGCCUCAGAAGAAGAUGAUCAAGGAGCAGAUCGAGUGGCUCAUCGAGCACAAGUACAUAAAGAGGGACGAGGCGGACAUCAACACCUUCAUCUACAUGGCAUAGGCAGCGGGGAGGCAGCGCUUUCUUUGCUCUGUUUGUUACUCCUGGCCUGCAGCCGGCGCUUAAACUCCUGCAAGAGGAGGAGGAAGAGGAGGUUCGAGGAAGAGGAGAGGAGCAGGGAGUAGAAAAGAGCCUUUUCAGCUAAAGUGUGGAUAUUUCUUGUGUUUGUGCGACGCCAGUGUGUUGUUGGAGUGUUGUGAGGCGUGGAAUUGGACACUUUGUCUGUCUCUGCUGCCCUCUAGUGUCAAUCAGAGGAGGCUGCAGCGUGCGCCUUCUGCCAGCAGCUCCGAAGGAAAACAAAGUUAGUGACAUUAUUAAAUUACAUACUUCCUGCCUUACUUUAAUCAGCAACAGACUGCAGAAGAGGAGCAGGAGGAGCAGUGAUAUCAAUCGUUUGCUUUGCCACAGCAGCCGUCUCAGUGGCAGCCAUGUCACAUCCCUGCUGCUUUACUCUUGUCUCAUUUUUGAAUUGGGAAUGCAAAAAACUGCAAGUGAAAGCUGCCAUCGAGGAGGAGGAGGAGGAGGAGGAGGAGGAGGAGGAGAGAUUAGUUGAAAACUACCGAGGAGUAUUUUGCCAAAAUGUGUGUGUGUGAGUGUGGGUGUGGGUGUGGGUGCAUGGUGUGUAUCUGGUCUUUUUAGAUGUGUGUACGUGUGUGCACUUUGAACAGCAUGCUGCUUUCUGAUUUAUUUUUGUCCAGUGGAUGAUCUGUCACACGUAGUUUUGGGGAAUUCAGACUAUUUCAAUGCUGAUAUUUAGUUUUUGUGUUCAUCCCCUGUGGCGGUCGGAGAGGUUUGUCAACAGGUGAACAGGUAUCGUCUUAUCCUGCUGCAGGCUAUUGAUCUGGUGUGUAAAGGGCCACACUCUGAACAUUGUGAGAUUGGACACCAGCUGAGAGCGUCUCACGGGGACACGUGAGGACUGAGACAACAGAAAUGCUUUUCUUUAAGGUUUAAAAUGAAUGAGCUGCUCUUUUUGGGGGAUCUUUUUUGUGUGCGCCGUAGAAGAGUUCAUGUAGCCAUCGUGUGUGUGUGUGUGUGUGUGUGUGUGUCCAUGUGAAUGUGUUGAGAGCAGCUGUUGGUGCGAGUCGAUUGGUGACAGCUGUGGUUUUAACUGAACUGAUGAUGAUGAUGAUGAUGAUGAUGUGGUGGCUGUUUAGGGGCCCAGACUUUCUCCCUCUGAGGGCCAAAAGGCGACACUCACUGAACUGAUCCUGAGGUCCCUCAGCACAACUUAACAUCAACAUCGACUUCAUCCGCAAAAUCAGGUCGUGAAAAGAGAUCAAGUCUUCUUGAUUUUUGUCCCAUGCAGCCUCGCGUCCACCUUCAGCAGGAGAAAACCAUAAUGAAUGUAGUCACUUUUACCUCACUAAAUAUAAAUGAGCGGCAGCAAUUUUUAUCAGAAUAUUUUUAAAUUAUUUCUUGCUUUCCGCUGUCUUUUACCUGCACAGUAAAAUUCUCCAAUUAAACAAAACCUUCAUUUAAAAUCACAGCUGUUGUCGCCGUCGCCCCUAAAAGCUCUGACUGAACUCGUGUUGUGAGAGUUAACUGCUGAGUGUUGAGAGUCGUUUAUAUUUAUUCUGUAUUUAUGAAGAAUGUUUCUUCCUUCGUCGGCUGAAACGUCACCUUUUCAUGUCUUUGCUCAGCGUUAGUUCACGGAGCCGACGGAAGUUUUUAUCCAUGUGCUCCGUUUGAAGGCAACAGGAAGUUCACUUUCCACUCCGAACGAUUCGAUUCGUUCCUGCACUUUGUCUGCGUGUUGGCUUUACUUCUCACGCCCGUCUUUGUUAUUGUCCGCUCUUUUCUGAACAUGGUGACACAAACAAGCUGCCCACGUCAGCCACACGAUGCACUUUUAUCCUGUGUGCUCACAGCACAGCGAGACGAGUCCUUGUUGAAUGUCGGCGCUUCACUCUAACACUUUGAACACAGUGAGCUCCUCUCAUUUGGUUUUCCCCAACAAAUUUAAACACAUGCUGAAGAUAAGUUGUGAUCUUAGCUGUGUGUUAUCAUUGAGCCACUGAGGCUCAAAGUGCUGCUCGGCCUGCUGUGCUGUAUUCACAUUUCGUCACGUCUAAAUGCGGUUGAAGCAGUGGGAUGAAAGUGUAAGGCCUUCUGGGAAAUGCGGUUUAUUACUGUAAUAUGAUGUGGUUGAGGUUAACAUCAAGACAAAAGUGUUUUGGGAUUUGAUUGUUUUUUUGUUUUGUUUUUUUUCCAAAAGUUGUUUCAGAGCCGUGAGGGAAAAACCUCCGCGUGAGACAUUCGUAGGAAGAAAAAGUCUGAAAAGUAAAAUGUGAGGUUAAACAAAGACAUUUCAAAUUUCAUUUAGACUCUGUUCUAAGAGUACAGUUUCUUUAGCCGCGUUAGCAGCAAUGUUGACCUGUUGGUGCGAACUGAAAUCGCCAGCACUGAGAGGUUGGAUUAAAAUCUGGUUCAGACAUCAGAGGGUGAAUCCUCUGAAAUGUUUAAACAUCUGUGGUUCCCAGACGAUGUGGUACAAUAACCGUGAUCACCUGACUUUUCCAUCAUCGGCUUACGUUUUUAAAACUGACGACAUUCCCAUCAGCCUCAGCUGCUCUGUGGGUUAGAGACAAGUCACAAAACACUGAACUUUAUGAACGCUAAACUCAGAUGGUCAGCGUGUUCGCAUGUACGACCUUCUCCGAGUUCCUGAAGUAUUUCUGAGCAUCAGUUCACGAGCUCCGGAUCGUCAGUCGACCUCUGGUUUCUAACCAGUCAUGGGCCUCCGUACGACACUUGAACUUAGACUUCAUUUUGAGUCACAUCUGUAAUGUUUUAUGACCGAAGAAUGCAUUAUGUGUGUUAAUGAGUGCAGUCAUAAAGCAUUAUGAAUGCGUUACAAUACAUUAUGUAUGCCCCCAAUGCCCCCAUAACACACUACAGAUGUGGUCUUCAUAGAACGUUUUACCAGCAAAGGUAAUGACGGUCUAAUGCAGUCCAAUACAGCAGUCCUGCCACAUCAUGGACAGAUUGAUCAAUGUACAUCAUUGAUCCCAUAUUGUUGAGUUACAGCAGGGUUAAAGCUGGUGCUGAACUGGACUAUAUUAUAUUGAGAGGUCUUCCUAAUUUUUCAUACCUCUAUUUACAAAUGGGAGGGUCAGAAUAUUAGAAACAUGACUCAGGAUAAUGCAGUUCAGUGCAACAACACAGCAAUUACUAUCUGACCUCACUCAGUUCAACAAAUAUCAAAACUCAUCAGAAGCGAUGGAACAGUUGUAUUGGAUUAUAUUAGAUUAUAUGGGUGUACCUAAUAAAGUGAACUGUGUGUGUGUGUGAGUGACUGUGACUCAAAUAUGGGGUUUUUUUUCAGGUAUUGAUGAAUGUAACGUAUCACUUUUUUUCAUUGACAUAUAUAAAGAUGUGGUACACAGUCCCUGCCCAAAUACCCGUCAGGACCCAAUCAGGGACACUUGAAAAAACAUCAGCGUGAUAAGAACUACCUAAAAUGACAGAAACCAUCUUUAAAUUUAUUUGAUGUGUACUUGUUUUUAGUUUGGCUCAUGUCCCAUCUGCUAAUGUGGAGGGGGAGGAGCUUAUGAGCUGUACUGCAGCCAGCCACCAGGGGGCAUCCAGAUGUUUGGGCUUCACUUUUGGGCAGCUCUCAUGUUAUCCAUCUUCACAUACAGUCAGUACAAUCUUUGCUUCAGUGUCUUCUUUAGCAAAACACUUUUUAUCCCCUUUGAACAAAUACUUUUUCUCAUUAAAUAUUCACCAAUAGGAAAGUUCCCUUCGUGGUAACUUUUUUAAACACAUGUACUGGUUUUAUAUUACAUGCCUUUCUGUAUUUUACGCCCUGUUGAACAAUAGUAGAAUGUGUCAUAUUUUGUUCAAUCAAUAGUCAGUAUUAGCUGGUGAAAAAGUCAUUUGACUUUGGUCAGAGAUGUUCAGUGGAGUUUAAAGGAGUUCAAAGGUUGUGGUUGCUGUGGGGUUUUUUUCUUAAUCAUUUGAAACUCUGCACCUGCCCAUCAGCCCAGCCUGCACAGGUGGGCAGACUUACCUGUAGCCUUGAACUAAAACCAACAAUCAGUCACAACCUAAACCAGCUGAAUGCCACUACAUGCAGUAAAGACAUUAAACUUUGUGCUGUUGAAGUGGGAGGACAGUGGUGUUCAGGUGCCGCCACGUUUUGCUUGUUUCAAAUAUUUUUUAAAGUUGAAUAAUUUAUUACCUGGCAAAAUAAAAACAACUGUAAAAAUGUC